AUGGGUGUUAAAGUUGGCGGAGGCCUCCGGCAGUGGAAGCGCGUCUUCGCGGUGCUGCGCACCCACUCGCUGUACCUGUGCAAGGACAGGCGGGAGGCGGUGAGCUGCGGCCCGGCCCCAGGUGAGGAGGAGCAGCCGAUCAGCAUCCGAGCGUGCCUGGUGGACAUCUCCUACAGCGAGACCAAGAGGAAGCACGUCUUCCGCCUGACGACCGCUGACUUCUGUGAAUAUCUCUUUCAGGCAGAGGAUCGGGAAGACAUGCUGGCCUGGAUCAAAGUCAUCAGGGAGAACAGCAAGGCUGAGGGCGAGGACCCCGGUUUUGCCAGCCAAGCACUUAUCAACAAGAAGCUCAACGACUAUCGGAAAGUGAGGGCGCAGCCCCCGCUGCGGCAGAUGAACUUUGUGUUCUCUGGGAGGGGGAAGGAGACGGACGUUUGUGACCCCCCCGCAGCCAGCAGCAGGGAGGAGAGGUCUGUGGGCGAGCACGCGGGUCGGCGUGUGGCCCCAUUAGCAGCCCCCGAGGACUCGCUGGCAUCCAUCCCCUUCAUUGACGAACCCACCAGCCCCAGCAUCGACCUGAAGGCCAAGCACAUCCCCGCCUCCUCCGUGGUCUCCAGUGCCAUGAACUCAGCGCCCGCCGUGGCCACCAGCCCCUCCUCCUCACCCACCUUCGCCUUCGCCCUGAGCCGGCACUACUCACAGGACUGCAGCAGCAUCAAGGCCGGCCGCCGCUCCUCCUACCUGCUGGCCAUCACCACCGAGCGCUCCAAGUCGUGUGAUGAUGGGCUGAACACAUUUCGGGAUGAGGGGAAGAUCCUCAGGAGGAUGCCCAGCCGGGUCCCCAGCCUCCGCAUGCUGAGGAGCUUCUUCACCGAUGGGUCUCUGGACAGCCUCGGUACGUCUGAAGACACCCGCUCCAAACGGCACUCCACCUCUGACCUGUCGGACGUCACGUUCAGCGACGUCAGGAAGGAGGGCUGGCUGCACUACAAGCAGAUCCUCACCAAAAAGGGGAAGGUACGCUUGGAGCUGGCAGAGCUGAGCUGUUGCCAUCCAUCAGAGGCGGCACAGUUGGGCACUUACGGGGAAGAGGAGAAUGGGAACCGAGCAGGUCCCCCCCGGAGCCGCCUGGAGCCCAUGGACACCAUUUUUGUGAAGAAUGUAAGGGAGGACGGCCCGGCGCACCAGGCAGGGCUGCGCACUGGGGAUCGGCUGGUCAAGGUGAAUGGGGAUAGCAUCAUUGGGAAAACCUACUCGCAGGUCAUCGCUCUCAUCCAGAACAGUGACAAUGUGUUGGAGCUCUCCAUCAUGCCCAAAGAUGAGGACAUUCUCCAGCUGGCCUAUUCCCAGGACGCCUACCUGAAGGGCAACGAGCCGUACUCCGGUGGGCCCGCGGGUGCCAAGCCUGACUCCUCACCCAAGGGCUCCCGUGGGCUGGGGAUCAGAGCCGAGUUCCUGAAGCAGACGGGAACCAGUGCACCCCGGUCCCCGAGGCAGGAUGCGGCCGUCACCAAAGAUGAAAGCAGCUCCCAAAAAGCCCCCUGGGGCAUUAACAUCAUGAAGAAGAACAAGAAAUCUGCCCCUCGAGCCUUUGGUGUGAGGCUGGAGGACUGCCAGCCCGCCCCGGACAACAAGAACAUCCCCCUGAUCGUCGAAGCCUGCUGCAAAGUGGUGGAGGAUCGUGGCCUGGAGUACAUGGGCAUCUACCGCGUGCCCGGGAACAAUGCUGUGGUGUCCAGCCUGCAGGAGCAGCUUAACAAAGGAGCCACUGAGAUCAACCUGCAGGAUGAGCGCUGGCAGGACCUGAACGUCAUCAGCAGUCUGUUAAAAUCCUUCUUCCGAAAGCUGCCUGAGCCCCUCUUCACCGACGAUAAAUACAACGAUUUCAUUGAGGCCAACCGGAUAGAGGAUGCCAGCGAGAGGAUGAGGACACUGCGGAAGCUGAUCCGGGACCUGCCAGGGCACUACUAUGAGACACUCAAGUUUCUGGUGGGUCACCUGAAGACCAUCGCAGACCACUCGGAGAAGAACAAGAUGGAACCCCGAAACCUGGCGCUGGUGUUUGGCCCCACGCUGGUCAGGACAUCUGAGGACAACAUGACAGACAUGGUGACACACAUGCCCGACCGCUACAAAAUCGUGGAGACCCUCAUCCAGCACUCAGACUGGUUCUUCAGCGACAAGGAGGACAAGGGUGAGAAGACCCCGGUGGAUGAGAAGGAGGCUCAGUCCGUGCCCAACAUUGAAUACCUGCUGCCCAACAUCGGCCGCACCGCAGCGCCCGGCGAUGCCCCAGGUGAGGAGCUGUGCCCCACGCAGGGUCCCCCCCUCUCUGCCCGCUCUGUCCCCCCACUCGCAGCCUCUGUGACUGCAGCUCUGUGCAUGCAGAGCACGAUGUGCCAGCAGCCUCCUUGCUGGGACACCUGGAGGUCCCACUCUGCCCUCUGUACC